UUUACGUGACUGUGUGUUUAAAUAAUAUUGUUUGCUUUCUUCCUAGUACCUUUUCAACCAGACAUAAACGAAAAAGGAUGAUGUUGUCUAUAUUGUUUGUGGUUCUUGGUUUAAUUUCUGUGAUCAAACCCGACAGUUGUCUUCAACAGAAGGAAAAAUCGCUAAUAUCAAAUAUACGGUCAACUUUAAAUACUUUGGAAGAAGAUUUGGCAAAUAAAUAUGCGGGUUGCCAAGUAGGAUGGAAGGAAUACCAGAAUCAUUGUUAUUAUUUUUCAAGUGAUACGGAAACUUGGAAUGAAGCUGAGAAAAUAUGCCGGAAUAAGGGUGGGUAUCUUGUACAGAUUACAGACUCAGCUGAAAAUGCAUGGGUUGUGAAUAUUUUGAGAAAAGCAGUUCAACAGCGAAUGAUGGGCUAUUGGAUGGGAGCAAAAAAAGCAAAGGACGGACAAUGGAAAUGGAUCAACGACUUGUCUAAAGUUAAAUAUUUCAACUGGAAUCCUGGCCAGCCUGAUAAUUACGGUGGCAUAGAAGAUUGUGUCAGCUUUUGGAGAGAUCAUAAUUAUAAUUGGAAUGACGCACCUUCCAAUAUCACUUUUCAUAAGUAUGGUGGUGUAGGGUACAUAUGUGAGAAAACACGUGUCUAGGACAUAAUAAACUGAACGUAACAUGAGACGAGGCGAGAAUAGAUUACCAAUUGAAUAGAUAUUUUCUAUAAAUAAAUGAAAAUAACUGCA